GUAACUGUCCCCAGCUCCAGUGCUGCAGGCACAUUGUUCCGGGGCCUCUGUGGUGCUCCUGAUGCCCCUCACCCACUGUCGAAGAUCCCCGGUGGGCGAGGGGGCGGCAGGGAUCCUUCUCUCUCAGCUCUAAUAUAUAAGGACGAGAAGCUCACUGUGACACAGGACCUCCCUGUGAACGAUGGAAGACCUCACAUCGUCCACUUCCAGUAUGAGGUCACCGAGGUGAAGGUCUCUUCUUGGGAUGCAGUCCUGUCCAGCCAGAGCCUGUUUGUAGAAAUCCCAGAUGGAUUAUUAGCUGAUGGGAGCAAAGAAGGAUUGUUAGCGCUGCUAGAGUUCGCUGAAGAGAAGAUGAAAGUGAACUACGUCUUCAUCUGCUUCAGGAAGGGCCGGGAAGACAGAGCUCCACUCCUGAAGACCUUCAGCUUCUUGGGCUUUGAGAUUGUGCGUCCAGGCCAUCCCUGUGUCCCCUCUCGACCAGAUGUGAUGUUUAUGGUUUACCCCCUGGACCAGAACUUGUCCGAUGAGGACUAAUGGUCAUAGAGGAUGUUUUGCCCAAGAGCCACAGUUGGGGAAGAGGGGAAGUUAGGCAGCCCUGGGACAGAGGAGGGGGCUUCUUGCUGUCUAGGGAAGGACGCUGGGGGGCUCAGGGUGAGGGUUGCCUGUUGUGUUCUCAGAGUUGACUCAUUGAAAUUGUUUUCCAUAAAGAACAGUAUAAACAUAUUAUUCACAUGUAAUCACCAAUAGUAAAUGAAGAUGUUUAUGAACUGGCAUUAGAAGCUUUUUAAACUGCGCUGUGUGAUGUGCUCUAUCUAGCCUAGGGGAGGACAUUGCCUAGAGGGGGAGGGACUGUCUGGGUCCAGGGGCAAGGCCUGGAGAGCUGGUGGACAGCACUGUCAGGCUGAGGUUCCCCUGCUGUUGGGCUUUCUUUUUUGGUUUUUAAGACUUGUGUAUUUUCUUUCCUUGCUUCCUGUCACCCUGGGGACUCCGGAGUAUAGGCUUUUCAGCCCCUGGGCAGUGUCCUUCAGUUGUUUUUUUUGACACUCCACCUGGGCUUCUCUCUGUGCAUUUGUGUCUGGCCUGGAGAAAGCAGGUCUGACCCCUCCUUUACAGCUUUGUGUUAUUCUGGCAUUUGGUUAAGCUGGCUUAAUCUGUUUCAUGUUAUCAGUGCAUUUAAAAUAGGGGCAUUGAAGUUCACUCCCACCACCAGGGCUUUUUUGGGGGUGCCUGGGCCUUAAAAAACACUAGCCAAACUCCAAUUCUCAGAUUACCGUCAGGAGUUCUCGCUCUUGGCCGCAGGCCCAAGGUAUGUCCUUCCUAGGGUCACAGACAGCAGAGGGGAAGGGGAAGAGCAGCUCAGGGCCUGGAGGCUGUGGGAGAAUCUGCUCCGAGGGACUGGAUGCCUCUGCCUGGCUAAGUCUAGUGCUAACUGCACCCCUCUCUAACAGGUUCUGAGUAGUGCCUGCGACCCUGCUCCCCAGGGCUUGGCAGUGGCACUGAGGGUGUAGAAGUGGCCUGCCCUUUUCUGUUCUCACUGAACAGCUUGUUCUAAGGGGGGAGGAAGGGGGAGAGGUCUAGACUGGGCGAGGGGGUGGGGGUGUCAGGGAGGCAAGUGUGUUGUGUUACUGUGUCAAUAAACUGAUUUAAAGUU